CGAUCCUCGCCAAAUUUCAAAUUCACUGCAGGAACUUGCACAUAACUUAGGUCGAGGCAAGGGAGGCGCGCAGAAAGGUCUUGGACAUGGUUCUUCUUCAGGAGCCAGGUGACCAGGAACCUCCUCAACCUUUGGUGAGCGGGCACUGCAGAAUUCAUGACGGCAGGGUCAAGGCAAUCCACGAUGAACCUGGAUUUAAUACUGAGCGAGUACAAGUGAACUUCCAGUGGGCAGUCUGGUCAUGAUCUAGGUGUUGGAACAAUCAUACUGAGCGUGUUCAACAUCAUCCCCCUUGGAAUGCCCCUAAGGCGGGCAACUCAAAGCUGCCCAAUACUUAGGUCUCUGAAAGGCUCCUUUCAGCUCUGCAUGUUUGUUCUUCUGUAGCUUCUCAAGUGGUACAUUGCGGUCUUGGUACAGGGGGGUCGUUAGAAAUUGCUUCCAUCAGUGCCUAGGUCCAGCCCGCAUGUUUCUGUAAACGUGGUACCUGCUGGGAGCACUUUGGUAAAACAUGUCAGGUUCUGUAAUUGGUCUUAGUGCAAAGCAUGGAGUGCACUCACAAGUAAAGGGUCUUGAUUUGAGACCAGUCAAGCCAUGGGCGAUUGACAAGCUGCCAGGAGUGGGCCACUUUCCGCUGCAACAGUUCCUCCAGAGUUCAAGAAGACCACCAAAGGAGUGGGCCGGCAGUAGGCCCCUUCAGCCACGUUGUGCGCUUCUGACUGCAGCCGAGUUGCCGGGUGGUGGAGGUGGCGAACUAAACCUCUUUCAGAAGCUUGCAACUGUUUGGAAGAUCUUCUUCCCAUCCCCAAAGAAGAAAGAAAAGGUCUCUGCAAGGGCAAUGGCAAAGACCAGGCUUAUGCAGACACUUGGGGAGGAGGAGUUUGGGCUCACACAGCAGCAGAUCUCGGCCAUAGGGCAGCAGAUAGGACGUGUUUUGGAGGACUUCGUCGAACUGGACGCAGCACCAGGAAAAGAGGCCCCAGUGCUCGAGUCCAAGCUGGAAGGGCGGGGCCGCCUGAAGGUGAUGUUUAAGGUCCGGAGAGUGAAGCCCGCAGCAGAGGACGGGUGGUUUGGCGACGAGGACAGCCAGGAAUGGUCGCCCUACAUGGCAGGCAACGAUGCGUUUCCCAACAGAUCGUUGGGAUCAGACAGUAACGAAGCGAAGGAUUCCUUUGCAUUGCGGGGUAAGGGUGAUAGCUUUGAGUGGCUCGAUAGCCACACACUGGUUCUGCGUGAGCAUGAACAGGACAGCGACUGACUGUGUCCAUAGGGCAUGAUAGAAGCAAAGCCAGAUGAACGGGCGUAGAGACGGACUGUCCAUAGAAAGACCAGGUAGACCAGGUAGAAUCGUUGAUAUGGUGGGUUGCUACAGUUUCGUGUAGCUUGUGCUAUGUGUCAGUAGAGAACGUGAUUCAUCUUGUAUUGAUCUGCCCAACGAUCUAUCCGGAAUGCAAGUUUAGGUGCUCACCGAAAUUUUAAGUGCCACGGUGGACAAACGAAAGCAAGUGCAGCUCAUUCUUUGAAAACUUGGACGACAUCUUUGUCCAGUUAUCAUCUUGUCCUCUCACAGUAGCAGGCUAAAGCCAGUGGUGUUGAAAACCCCCAUAAGCAG